AUGAGUGACAUACUCAGGCUCACCAAAGCGUCCUUUCUCUCCGGCGGCGGGGACGCAACAUCUCAAGGGUUCCACCAGUUUCUGGAUCGCACUGCGCCGGGCUUCGGAACGCUGUCUAAAUUCUUUUCGACAUGGCUCAGACUUGAUCUCACCACGAUAGUUCUUCUCAUCUCUUUCGGAGGAGACAUCCCGAGGGCUUUGACAGGCCUUCAAAACCUCGGGACUCAAAUCUACUGGUGGAUAACGCGGUUCUUCACCGCCUCCAUCUCUAUCGGGGCCAAUGACAAGCUUAAUAGAGAGGUUCUGAACUGGUUGGGUGCUCAUGUUCUCACCAGGCAAGGGACUCGCGUCUUGACCGCACGGACUGAGGUAAUCCAGAACGAAGCAUGGUACUAUCGAAAGCCAGUCGAGCGUGAUGACCUUCAUCACGAGAAAAGAGUUCCCGUUCAAUACCUACCGACCUUUGGUACGACCUGGUUCGUGUAUGAAGGGGGUUUCUUCAUGGUACGACGAGUAUCUACCAGGACUAGCCGCUCUGUUUACACCGGCAUUCCUGACGAAUACUCCGCUGCCCCCGAAGGCGAUGAGCCGUUGGUGGUCCUGCGACUCGGGCGUUCCAUCCAACCUGUCAAGGAAUUUCUCAAUAACUGUCGGAACUUCGCAGACAGGCAGCGCGAAGCUUUCAUUACAGUCAGAGCGACAAAGAAUCAAUACAAUCAGGAAUCCUGGGACACGACCAUUCUUCGUCCGAUAAGGCCGCUCGAGACUGUACAUUUUGAUGAGAAGACAAAGAAGGAACUCGUACUCGAUAUAGAGGUGUAUCUCAACCAGAAGACGAGGAAGUUUUACACCGAAAGAGGUAUUCCCUACAGAAGAGGCUACCUCUUCCACGGACCACCAGGCACGGGCAAGACGUCUUUGUCUCUUGCCCUUGCGAGCUACUUCAACCUUGAACUUUACCUACUUCAUAUCCCAAGUAUUAGAGACGAUAAUGACUUGGAGAAUCUCUUCGCAGCACUCCCACCGAAGUGCAUUGUGCUGCUAGAAGAUAUCGACGCAAUCGGAUUACAGCACAGGAAGAAGUUCGACCCACAGGAUACUGCAUCUGACAACAGCGACAGCGAUAGUGACAAGGAGAGUGCAAGGUCCUUUGGCAGAUGUCGCUGUACUCUGUCGGGACUCUUGAAUGUCUUGGACGGGGUCGCGUCUCAGGAGGGCCGAAUCGUCUUGAUGACCUCCAAUGUGGCUCACAAACUUGAUAGAGCCUUGGUUAGACCUGGCCGGAUUGACAGAAUGAUAUACUUGGGAAACAUAUCACGACAUAGUGCUAAGGGCAUGUUUGAACGCAUGUACCGGCCAUACGUAUCGAACGAAAGCACUCUCAGUGAGAAAGGUAUUGAGCAUCCGGGGAACCACGCAAAUGAUAUUGAUGACCUAGCGGAAAGGUUCAGCAGCCAGAUACCGGACGACGUUUUCACGCCAGCACAACUACAAGGCUACUUGCUUCAUCACCGGAACUCACCCAAGGAAGCGACUGAUUGCAUCUCGGAUUGGAUUGUUCAGGAGAAGGCGACCAUGGAUGAAGCAGAAAGGCGCAAGAGAGCGUCAGCGGAGCGUAAAGCGAAGAAGAAGAAGGCGUUGAAGAGAUUGAAGGCACUCAAGGCUUUGGAUUUGGAUUCGGAAAAAGAGGGCGACAAUAAGGAGGAUGCAACCACGCCAAAUGUCGCCCAGGUUGAAGAAGUGCCCAAAAAGGGAGCUUACAACGAGAGCGAUAAGAGCCAGGGCACCGUAAAUGGCACCAAAGGCGCAGAAUAUGUGUCAAACGGCGACAUAAAUCAAACAGAAGUUGAAAAGACAGAGAAACAAUGA